CUUGUCAACACAACAUGGCAGGAUUACAGAAGGGACACAGCUGCUCUUAAUAGGACACACAUUCAAGGAGAAACUGUAUGUGUUACGUGUGCGUUAGUGUUCAGGCUCCAAAAGCUGGGAUGUAUUCCUCUGGUUAACGCGGUGCUUGUCUCAUGUGAAGACUGAAGACAGAAUAAUGCACAAGCUCUCCAAGGCGCCGCUGGCCUUAAACGGACUCGGGCGGUGUUUUAUAACAGAAAAGCACGUAUCUGCUAUAAAUACCAUCAGGAGAGGGUUAGUGUGUUCAGAGCAUGGAGAUGAUUCUAGCAAGAAUGAGGUUUAUGAUAUCAUUAUAUCCGGGGGAGGGAUGGUUGGAUCUGCGAUGGCAUGUACCAUAGGCAUGGACCCCAACUUGGCAGGCAAGAAGGUUCUGCUUCUUGAGGCAGGGAACAAAAAAGCCAUGCAGAAGGUGCCUGACUCCUACAGCACCAGGGUCAGCUCCAUCAGCCCCGGCUCUGCCACCCUCCUCAGUGGGAUUGGAGCUUGGGAGCACAUCACAAAAAUGAGAUGCAAACCCUAUAAAAGAAUGCAGGUUUGGGAUGCUUGCUCUGAUGCCCUGAUCACGUUCGAUAAGGAGAACCUGCAGGACGAGAUGGCAUACAUUGUGGAGAAUGACAUCGUUGUGGCUGCAAUCACCAAGCAGCUGGACACUCUGACCGAUAACGUGCAAGUUAAGUACAGAUCUAAGGUGGUGAAAUACGCAUGGCCCAGGCCUCACCAUGCAGCAGAAGUUAUCCCAUGGGUGAAGGUCACAUUGGCUAACGGGGAGACUCUCCAGACAAAGCUGCUGAUCGGUGCUGAUGGACCAAACUCAAUGGUGAGAAAGGAAUUGGGGAUACCCACUGUCAAGUGGAAUUAUGAUCAAUCUGCUGUGGUUGCAGUGCUGCACCUAUCAGAGCCCACAGAGAACAAUGUCGCAUGGCAAAGGUUCCUUCCAACUGGACCCAUUGCAAUGUUACCGCUGUCAGACACAGAGAGUUCCCUGGUGUGGUCAACAGGUCAUCGCCUCGCGGAGGAGCUGCUGGAACUGGACGAGGAGAGCUUUGUUGAUGCCAUCAACUCUGCCUUUUGGAGUAAUGAGAACCAGUCGGAGCUAAUCGACACAGCCGGCUCUCUAUUCCGGGGUGCCCUGUCAGCCAUCAUGCCGUCUGCAGGUUCACCUCGACAGCUUCCACCAAGUGUGGCGGGGAUCGGCCAGAAGAGCCGGGUCAUGUUCCCACUGGGCAUGGGCCACGCGUCAGAGUACAUCAGACACAGAGUGGCACUGAUUGGGGAUGCGGCCCAUCGUGUCCAUCCACUGGCUGGUCAGGGAGCCAACCUUGGAUUUGGGGAUGUGGCGAGCCUCACGCAUCUCCUGAGCCAGGCAGCCUUUAACGGGAAGGACCUGGGAGCGAUACAGCACUUGUUAGAAUACGAGACAGAACGUCAGCGACACAAUCUGCCCAUGAUGGCUGCCAUCGACCUCAUGAAGCGGCUUUAUUCCACCAACGCUGCUCCUGUGGUUCUCCUACGCACCUUGGGUCUGCAGGCCACCAACAUGUUGCCGGCACUAAAAGAGCAGAUCAUGGCAUUUGCAAGCAAAUGAUGCAUCUGUGGGGAAAUGGUCGUUGGUGGACCUCCUGGGACUUCGAGCUUUAAAAGCUGUAAAAAUUGUCAGUGUAAAGUAAAUAAAAAAUAAUUCUGAUUUA